AUGGCGGACAACGGCGGUUCAGACCCUGUGAAUAAUAAUAAUAACAACAAGAAUACCGCUCCGGAGGGCACUAUAAUCAGGGUCACGGUAAAAACCCCAAAGGAUAAGGAGGAAAUUGCGAUCUCGGAGGAUGCUUCUGUCACACAGUUCAAGGAGGAGAUCUCAAGAAGGUUUAAGGCCAAGCAGGACCAACUAGUGCUGAUCUUUGCGGGGAAAAUUCUCAAGGACGGGGACACGCUGAACCAACAUGGAAUCAAAGAUGGCCUGACAGUGCACCUGGUCAUCAAGACUGCACACAAGUCUGCAGAUGGCGCCAGCUCGCAGACUUCAGCCGCCUCGAGUUCAAACAGCCCACAGACGAGCAGCAACAGCGCUUCCCCCACUAGCACCAGCCCGGCAGUCAGCUCCUCAUCAACUGGACCCAAUGGCAGCGCCACCACACCUGUUCCCCCACAGCCAGCCAGUGUACUGACCGGCUUCGGGGAUCUGUCAAGCUUGAGCUCCCUGGGCAUGGGCUCGGCCAACUUCAUGGAGCUGCAGCAGCAGAUGCAGAGGCAGCUCAUGUCCAACCCCGAGAUGCUGUCGCAGAUCAUGGAGAACCCGCUGGUGCAGAGCAUGAUGUCCAACCCGGACCUGAUGCGGCAGAUGAUUGUGGCGAACCCGCAGAUGCAGCAGCUGAUGGAGCGCAACCCAGAAAUCUCACACAUGCUCAACAACCCUGAGCUCAUGAGACAGACCAUGGAGCUAGCGAGGAACCCGGCCAUGAUGCAGGAGAUGAUGCGCAACCAGGACCGGGCGCUCAGCAACCUGGAGAGCAUCCCUGGAGGCUACAACGCCCUGCGCAGGAUGUACACCGACAUCCAGGAGCCCAUGUUCAGCGCCGCCCGCGAGCAGUUUGGAAACAACCCCUUCUCUGCCUUGGGAGGCAACACUGAGGGCUUGGGGGGGCAGCCGUCCAGGACAGAAAACCGAGAACCUCUCCCCAACCCCUGGGGGCCUCCUGGGACGACAGCUUCCUCAAGCGGGGGCGGCACGGGCGCCCCAACGCCCUCCUCAACCGGGACCACCCCAACUGUGUCAAACCCCCUGGGCAUCAAUGCCGGCAGUCUCGGCAACGGCAUAUUCAGCAGCCCCGGGAUGCAGAGUCUGUUGCAGCAGAUCUCCGACAACCCGCAGCUGAUGCAGAACAUGCUGUCUGCCCCUUACAUGCGCAGUAUGAUGCAGUCACUGGCACAGAACCCGGACAUCGCGUCGCAGGUGAUGAUGAACAAUCCUCUCUUUGCCGGCAACCCCCAGCUGCAGGAGCAGUUCAGGCUCCAGCUGCCUGUUUUGUUGCAGCAGAUGCAGAACCCGGAGGCCCUGGCCGUGAUGACCAACCCACGCGCCAUGCAGGCUCUCCUGCAGAUCCAGCAAGGACUGCAGACGCUACAGACCGAGGCCCCGGGGCUCAUGCCCAGCUUGACCCCUGGAGGAAUUCCAGCGCCAACUCUGUCCACUGGAGCCAUGCCCUCCGAUAACUCCGCCCCCACGGGCGGUGGCCCCGCCCCCACCUCUGGGACCAGCUCCGCCCAACAGCAGCUCAUGCAGCAGAUGUUGCAGAUGUUUGCUGGAGGAAGUGGUUCGAGCCAGACCCCGGAGAUUCGUUUCCAGCAGCAGCUGGAGCAGCUUAGCGCCAUGGGCUUCAUCAACCGCGAGGCCAACCUGCAGGCCCUCAUCGCCACAGGGGGCGACAUCAACGCUGCCAUCGAGAGACUGCUGGGCUCACAGCCCUCCUAAACAACCCGCUGCGGUGUGGGGGUGGGGGGGGGGCCGGGAG